UCACUGAUGUGGGAACCAGCUCUGCGUUGUCCACGCUCUCAGCUCAGGAGCUAUCAGGGCCAGCGGAACAGGGCCAGCAGCCCACUCUGGCUCUGCAUGCAGGAACCUGAUGCUCCAGUGAGGCUGUGUGUUGGACUGGGGCAUGCAAAAAGGGUGUGGAGCACUCCCUUAGCACUCACCACCGCGCUGGCGGGCUCUGAAGUUUUCAAUCUGGCCCAAUUGCAAGGUCCAGCCAAAUCUAGUGAGCAAGGAGGCUGUGAGAUGGACCAUUCAGGGUCCCAGCAGAGAGCAGAUGUUACCCUCCAACAAACAGACUGCGAAGAGAGGGCCACACUGAAGUUGGAUGCUGAUUUUUGACAGGACAACGAGGAGCUCAGAAGGUGUGCUGUAGGAGAAAAGGAGAAGCAAUUCAUGGAUAUGGAGAGAGCUAUGUAGAAACUGCUUGGAACAACCAAAAAUUCCAAGGCAUUGACGUUCGCAGGCCAUUCUCCAAUAUGGACAGUAGGUGCCGCAAGUGACCUAGAUUUCUCCGACCGACACUGAAGGAAGCCACAAGCUUUUCUACGGUGACCAGAGCCACUGGGACGUAGUCUGACACACAGUAGGUGGUCAAAACGCGGCCACUGAAGGGAAACGCAAUGAAAUCGCUCCAGGCUUGAGUUUUUUUCUUUUGAACAACGAGAAUGACAGCUCCAAUGUGACGCUUGGAGGUCAGGACCAACGAAAAGAACGUGGUGCUGGCUAGAGUGCAUGCUUUUGGACCCAAGCUUAACUUUUCAAAUGUGGAAUGCUAGGCCUUCAUUGGCCCCACUGUAGGUUUCUGGAAGAAGUUGACCGCCUGAGAGGAAAAGACAAAACAUGAAAAUCGCUUUGAGGUGACAAGCAAGUCCCGUGGCCCCUUGCUUCUCCCACGGCGGGUCUGAGGUUUAAGACCCGUAACUUCAGAUGAGGAAACUCGGGCCCAGAGAGAGGGAGUGACAGCCCUAGUCACGUCGCGUGGAGCUCAGACCCCGACGGUGGGCAGUGCACGGCCCUCUUCAACUGGGCUUGGAGUCGGAGUCCCUUACUAGACCUCCAAUGGCCGACCAGAGAAUGGACAUUUCUUCAACAAUCAGUGACUUCAUGUCGCCGGGAGCCACCGACCUCCUCUCCAGCCCUCUGGGUACCAGUGGCGUGGAUUGCAACCGCAAACGCAAGGGCAGCUCCACCGACUACCAGGAAAGCAUGGACACAGACAAAGAUGACCCUCAUGGAAGGUUAGAAUACACAGAGCACCAAGGAAGGAUCAAAAAUGCAAGGGAAGCUCACAGUCAGAUUGAAAAGAGGCGCCGGGAUAAAAUGAACAGCUUUAUUGAUGAAUUGGCUUCUUUGGUACCGACGUGCAAUGCGAUGUCCAGGAAAUUAGAUAAACUUACCGUGCUGAGGAUGGCCGUUCAGCACAUGAAAACAUUACGAGGUGCCACCAAUCCAUACACAGAAGCAAACUACAAACCAACUUUUCUGUCAGAUGAUGAAUUGAAACACCUUAUUCUCAGGGCAGCAGAUGGAUUUUUGUUUGUCGUAGGAUGUGACCGAGGGAAGAUACUCUUUGUGUCAGAGUCUGUCUUCAAGAUCCUCAACUACAGCCAGAAUGAUCUGAUUGGUCAGAGUUUGUUUGACUACCUGCAUCCUAAAGAUAUCGCCAAAGUCAAGGAGCAGCUCUCCUCCUCCGACACUGCACCCCGGGAGCGGCUCAUAGAUGCAAAAACUGGACUUCCAGUUAAAACAGAUAUAACCCCCGGGCCAUCUCGAUUAUGUUCUGGAGCACGGCGUUCUUUCUUCUGUAGGAUGAAGUGUAACAGGCCUUCAGUAAAGGUUGAAGACAAGGAUUUCCCCUCCACCUGCUCCAAGAAAAAAGGCUCUCUUCCUGGUUCCUUUGUUGGCUCCUCCUCUUCUGUCCCUGGCCUUCUUCUCUUAAGAGGAGCGGAUGUACACCCGAGCCCCAUAGAUCGAAAAAGCUUCUGCACAAUCCACAGCACAGGCUAUUUGAAAAGCUGGCCACCCACAAAGAUGGGGCUGGACGAAGACAGCGAACCAGACAACGAGGGGUGCAAUCUCAGCUGCCUUGUUGCAAUUGGAAGACUGCACUCUCACGUGGUCCCGCAACCGGCGAACGGGGACAUCAGGGUGAAAUCUAUGGAGUAUGUCUCCCGGCAUGCAAUAGAUGGGAAGUUUGUUUUUGUAGACCAGAGGGCAACAGCUAUUUUGGCAUAUUUACCACAAGAACUUCUAGGUACAUCAUGUUACGAAUAUUUUCACCAAGAUGACAUAGGACAUCUUGCAGAAUGUCACAGGCAAGUUUUACAGACAAGAGAAAAGAUUACAACUAAUUGCUAUAAGUUUAAAAUCAAAGAUGGUUCUUUCAUCACACUACGCAGUCGGUGGUUCAGUUUCAUGAACCCUUGGACCAAGGAAGUAGAAUAUAUUGUCUCCACCAACACUGUUGUUUUAGCCAACGUCCUGGAAGGCGGGGACCCAACCUUCCCGCAGCUCACAGCGUCCCCUCACAGCAUGGACAGCAUGCUGCCCUCGGGAGAAGGUGGCCCAAAGAGGACCCACCCCACUGUUCCAGGGAUUCCAGGGGGAACCAGGGCUGGGGCAGGAAAAAUAGGUCGAAUGAUUGCUGAAGAAAUCAUGGAAAUCCACAGGAUAAGAGGGUCAUCGCCUUCCAGCUGUGGCUCCAGCCCACUGAACAUCACAAGUACACCUCCCCCUGAUGCCUCUUCUCCAGGAGGCAAGAAGAUUUUAAAUGGAGGGACUCCAGACAUUCCUUCCAGUGGCCUACUACCAGGGCAGGCUCAGGAGAACCCAGGUUAUCCAUAUUCUGAUAGCUCUUCUAUUCUUGGCGAGAACCCUCACAUGGGCAUAGACAUGAUAGACAACGAUCAAGGCUCAAGCAGCCCCAGCAACGAUGAGGCAGCAAUGGCUGUCAUAAUGAGCCUCCUGGAAGCAGAUGCUGGGCUGGGUGGCCCUGUUGACUUUAGCGACUUGCCGUGGCCGCUGUAAGCACUAUGUGUUGCUUUGGCAACAGCUACAGUAUCAAAGUGCAUUACUGAUGGAGGUUUACAGUCUGUGAAGCUUACUGGACAAGGAGAGAACAGCUUUUAUGUACCGUCUUCAUAAAAGCCAUCUCAGAGCCAUUGAUACAAGUCAAUCUUACUAUGUGUAACUUCAGACAAAGUGGAACUAAGCCUGCUCCAGUGUUUCCUCAUCAUUGAUUAUUGGGCUAGCUGUGGAUAGCUUGCAUUAAUUGUAUAUUUUGGAUUCUGUUUGUGUUGAAUUUUUUAAUCAUUGUGCACAGAAGCAUCAUUGGUAGCUUUUAUAUGCAAAUGGUCAUUUCAGAUGUAUGGUGUUUUUACACUACAAAGAAGUCCCCCAUGUGGAUAUUUCUUAUACUAAUUGUAUCAUAAAGCCGUUUAUUCUUCCUUGUAAGAAUCCUUUACUAUAAAUAUGGGUUAAAGCAUAAUGUAUUAGUUAAAUAUUUUUAAUAAAUGUUUCCCUUGUUCUAUAAAUACUGUUCACAUUUCAAAUGAUUAGGGAAAAAAAUCCUACAGGAAAAUGCCACAGGGCUGCAUCAUCGAUUUUUUUCCAUGGUGGGUAUUUAUGGAUGAUCCACACCAAAAACAUGGGCAGUGCUUUUCUGGCCUUCAUAACAAUUCUAGGACUUACAUAAUUUCCCUGUUACUAGUUUAGCUGUAUUGUAAACAUAGUUAAUCUCCAAAUUGUUGCAAAUUUUAAUUUAUAUGAGAAUAAACAUUCUCACACACAACAUGCUUACACACAUACUUCGGAUCCUCUGAAAUGACAAAGUCAAAGAUUAAACAGAACAAAUCAGCUUCUCUACUACACCUCCUCUCUGAACUACUACCUUGUAUGGCUUCAAACAUUAAGUGACCCCAGAUCCAAAGCACCCAAAUACUUCCGAUUCCUUCUUGAACUGGGCCACAGGAUACUAAAAAAAAAAAAAGAAAAAAAAGAAAAAAGUACUUGCAUGAAUAACUUGCUAAGCAGAAUAUAUAGCACAGUACAAUGGAAAAAGCAGUGAACCACUGCCAAGAAUUUGUCUCUGAAACUUAAGGCUACUACAGGACCUGGUAAAGGUAUUUCACCCUCCGUAUCAAGUUGGAUUAGAAAAUGUUCUUUUCAGCUCUAACAAUAUUUUGGAUUUAUAGUAUAUUUUAUAAUUAGUAGGGAAUACAAGUGCCUCAUCCCACAUAUACCAAAUUGGAGUUCCUUGAGCUACUAUCUGCAUUCUAGUUAUGAUUCCAAUAAGACAGGAAAUCUGCUAAUUAUGAAACUGAAAAUCUGCUCAAGAUGGUUAUAAAUAUCAGAAACAUUAAAACAAUGGAAUUUUAUUUUGAUGAAAAACUUGAGUGAGUUUACAAUCAUUUAGUAAAUGAAGAGCAAACAGUUCAUUUUCCUAUCUCAUAACUCUUAAGAAAAAAAUUAUUAGUAAAUAAAUAAUCUGUGAACAGAUUAAGGGUAAGGCAGACUGGAUAAUAAACCACCUCUGAUGUUCACACUCCCUGCAUGUAACUCCCUUGGAAAGAGUGAAAAGGGCACUGGAGAUAACUGAAAAGAUGUGGGCAUUGAAUUUCAUCCUAAUCAUUCAAAUAAGCCCAAUGAUAAACUCAUUUUUUGCUCAUCAUAGGCAGCAGAAAACACACUUUACUGAAGGAAUACUCUGAUAGAAGCACUUAAUUAUACUGUGCAUCACAACUAUAAAAAUGGCUUGAACAAUUCCACUUAACCACCAUUUAUAAAGUGCAACUAUAUAAUAUUCUACACUUUAUCUGGGGUGUGAUAAAUAUCAAUCUAGACUGAAAGUACCCCAGCUGCCAAUUUCCACCACGCCUGAAAAGAUCUAGAUGUGUGAAAAAGGACUGUCCCCCAUACAAAGAACCAAUUUCACAAACCUACUGGUAAACAAAUACAUUUAUAUAACUGGAACUUCAAGAUGCUAGAGUUGUACUCAUUUAAAAAACCAUUCAGCUACCUUUGGUCUUUAAAAAAGCCUACACUGCAAUAUCCUAAACAUUGUUAUGUGCAUCUCACAAUGAAGAGAGUGGCCUUGCAGUGCAGAAUGAGGAGAGUGCAACGUCACUGUGAAGAGUAGC